GUUAUGUUUUUGACUCAAGUGCAUGAAUUUGUCGGAGCACAGAGUCUCCUUGACCAGGGUGCAUGUUCCAAAUGAGGAACGUGAAGGUUUGGUCAAGAUCAAGUUCUCAAAGAACGUUGCUUUGUGCAUCCGUGAUUGUGGCCACAAUGAAGGGCGGCAACGCAACAGUGAUCAGCUGUACAGGCUUGCCCACCUUUCCAGGAGGCUGCAAUCCAGAACUCAUCGGUGGCGCAUGUUUCUCAACCGAAACGGCGGUGAACUGGGCAUGUGGAGCCUCACAGAGUACAGACUGCCGCAGAGUCCCUGUACCACCAGGCCAAGGUCGACCAAGUCUCCGCCGGCGGACCUAUGAUGGUUAUUGUAGUUUUUUGGGUGAGACAGCGACACAGACUAGCAGUACAGCGACCAGCGUUACAACAUCCCUAACCUCGUCCUCUAGCAGCACUACGCUCACAACUUCCAGCACAGUCACCAGAACAACGACUUUGCCUCAUCCUCCACCCAGAAGCCCUGUAGCUCAGCAUGGUCAUUUGAGAGUUGUGGGAAACCAAAUUGUUGGUCAGCACAACCAAUCUGUGCAGCUCCGCGGCAUGUCACUGUUCUGGUCGCAGUGGGGAGGAAAAUACUGGAAUGAGGAGACGCUGCGAUGGCUUCGGAGGGACUGGGGUAUUGAAUUAAUUCGAGCUGCCAUGGGAGUGGAACAAGGCGGAUACCUCACUCAUCCCAAACGGGAGAUGCGAAAGGUGAAGCGAGUGGUGUGGGCCGCUUUCCAACUAGGCAUCUAUGUCAUCGUUGAUUGGCAUGAUCACCAUGCCAUCAAACACACAGAGCAAGCCAAGGUUUUCAUCCGUGAAAUUGCUAAGAGCUAUGGCCACUUGCCGAAUGUGCUUUUCGAGACUUUCAAUGAACCUACUUGGCAGAGCUGGAGUAAAGAAGUGAAGCCCUACCAUGAGGAACUCUUGAAGGUCAUUCGGCCACAUUCCCCAAACCUGGUGAUUUGCGGCACUCCGACCUGGUCGCAAGAUGUUGACAUUGCUUCCCGCUCGCCUGUCGAAGGCGACAACAUUGCAUACGCCUUGCAUUUCUAUGCUGCGACACAUGGGCAAUAUCUCAGAGAUAAAGCAAAGAUUGCUCUGGAUGGUGGUGUUGCUCUGUUUGUAUCAGAGUGGGGCACAUGUGAGGCCAAUGGUAACGGCAGGUUGGACUUCAGAGAGUCCCGAAAAUGGAUGGAUUUGUUGGAUGAGUACAAUGUGUCACAUGCUAAUUGGGCUGUGAAUGACAAGCAGGAGUCUUGCUCAGCGCUCAAACCCAGAGCUGCCGGAAAUGGCCACUGGCCGUUGUCCAAGUUGACCCGCUCUGGAAGAUGGGUUCGACGCAAUUUGCGGAGAGCUGCUUUUGGAGUAGGCAAUGAGACCGCAAAUUCCACAAACUCAAGCGAACAAGAUUCACUGAUAUCCACCUCCGAGGCGGAUAGAAGGUUACUUUUUUCAGACGAUCUUCCAAUAGAUGCAGGAGUGAGAUGCCAGGCGUUUGCUAUGAUUGGGUUGGGGCUAUUGCAAGUUCUGUGACUCAUCUGAAGGUGCUGUUCACAGGUUUUAUUUAAUAGAUAGGGACCAAGCUGCAACAUAGCGUUGCCCCUAUGGCACCACUAGAUUUUCUAGCCUUUCUCCGUAGGCUCAACAAUUGCCACUCUGUUGAAUUCAAUUGCCUUUUUUGAUGAUUCUGGGCUUGCUGAAGGAAGCUUUGCUUCAGCACGCUAGCAUUUGAAAACAAUCAGAUUCAGAGUUGGCAGUAUCCCGAGCAGCAUCUCCUAAGCAUGAGAUCUGCCUAAUGGCACUGUGCAUGAAAGACGCCCUCAUUUGAGGAACCGUCAGUCUAGUUCAACACACUGCAGACUUGCUUCGUGAUGAGCCUCCGCAAGUUCUGCAUGAAACUGAGGUCGCAUGAAACUUUUUCGUUCAUUCUGUUUCUCUUGACAACAGUCUACGCUAUUGCUUGUUGUUGUGAAGUUCCAUGCAGGCCGAUAGCUGCCCAGUCCUUUGCAACCCCGGCAUAGCCUUUUGAAAGUCACUCUUUCCAAGUUACUUGGAGGAGAGUGGAGAGGGUGCAAAACAUUCAUCCAAUGCAUUUCGAGAAGUGCCC